GCACGCGCGCGCACUGAGACGUAGAUAUACGUGCAAUUAUAACCUCCCAAAACACGAACCCACACACGUCAUUCACAUGCGCUCAAGCAUGAAAGUCAACAUAUCAGUGAAAAGGACUGAUGUUCUCAUGUUGUGUUGAUGCUGCAGGUGUCGAGAAAGUAUUAUGCCAGCAAAACCCAUACAAAAGGCAGGUGAUAAUGGAAGGCAAAUGCGUGAUUACAAUAUGUGAGGGUGAAUUGGUCAAUGUUGCGAAUGCACACGGAAGGGUCCAGGACUUGCAAAUUCAGAAUGAGGCAUUGCGUGAUUCUGUGAGUGAGUGGCAGGGAAGAUACACAGAACUGCAAGCAGCGCAACAACAACUAUUUGAGGAAAUGGAACAGGAAUAUCAGAAAAGAGAACAGCCACACAAGCAGCUUCACCAGGCUGCUACUGAAUUUAUGGCAUUCGGCCGCAAAGGCAAGACCUACAGUGAGGUAGGCACCAGGCAGCAGCAGCGACAGAGACAUGCACUGCAAACCAGGACAGAGAAAGCGCUCUGGUUCGCCAAGUCCUUCGGGUUCAACAUCGAAUUCCUUCAUCUGCGGGAACGGCAAACCAAUGAGGAGGUGCACCUCCACUUCUCCAGUGACGGUGGUGCCACGGCCCAGAGCGAUGGUGGUGGUGCGACAGCGACAACAGACACUGUUGAUGGUGGUGCGACAGCGUCUGUUGCCGCUGGCGGUGCGACAACAGACGCUGUCGCUGGCGGUGCGACAGCAGCUGACGGUGGCGAUACGACAGCGUCUGUUGCCGCUGACGGUGGUGCCACGGCCCAGAGCGAUGGUGCUGCUCACUCAAGCACAACAACACAUAGCAACGGCGAGCCUUUGAAUUCGGCUGCAGAGGACACAGCACAGAGAAGAUAUAUACAGCUAUCAGAUGAAGAAAAGGACGCCGUCAAGAAAACUGUGUUCAUUCUGGACAGAUUUUCCGGCUCAGACUCCCUAUACCACGAACUGACGCAGAUAUACCCGACGAUUACAAGAAGCUACAUGGUGUGGCACUAUCGGAGACGCUUCAAGGGACAGGGAUUGCAAUUGCAUACCGAUAAAUGGAAGAUAUCAAGGAGCACGACUCGCACUACUGCCACUACUGGAAGCAGACAUAUGAAGAUUGUCAUCAAAAUCGCCGCAGAUGGUGCGGCCUUGACAAAAGCUUCUAACCAUGUGCUGGUCACGUAUGUGUUGAUGGAUAGUGGACUAUCUAGCUGCAGCAGUGCAUCGCACAUCACAUUCGCUGUGACCAGUGCACCAGAAGAUUACGAAGGGCUGAAGGUGGGACUGGAGCCGGUCUGGGAUGAGGUCAAUGAUCUCAUCUCAGCCGGCUUCAUCGAAAUUGAACGAACAAAAGUGCCCAUCUCCAUUGUCCUCGGCGGGGACUACAAGUUCCUCCUGAGUGUAAUGGGGAUGAACCGCACAUCGUCCAAGUACGCAUGCCUGUUUUGCAAGGUAGAGGAUGCAAACAGGCACGACAUGUCUAAAGCCUGUGACUUCUACGACGAACCGCCAAUGGCUAGGACAACACCGGAGAUCGAGGAGCUCAUGAAAGGAACACGGCAGCAGAACGAAAAGGCUGCAAAAACAAGCCCCUGGUCAAUGCUCCUAUUUCGUCUAUAGUCGUCGAUGAGCUCCAUCUAUUGCUCCGGAUUAUGGAUAGGUUGCUGUCUGGCCUUCUCAAGUCAGCGGAGGUCACUGACAGCAACCUUGGCCAUAAACGGAGCAUUGGACAUACGGUCACCACAAUUGUCAAUGCAAUAGCAUCAUGUUAUGUGCACGGGUUCAGAGUUUGGCUAGAGAGAACAGACCAAGGGAAUCUCAACUGGAUGAACCUUGACGGCCCGGCAAAGAAGCGGCCACUGGAGAAACUGCCCGACCCUUUCGCAAAAUUCAUGCCUGCGGAAGUGGAGGCCAGAGUAAAGCCGACCUGGAAAGCCUUCCGCGACGCAUAUGAGCGUAUCAGUGCACCGAACGCGCAGCCAGAUGAUCAUGCCGAGGUGUUCCAUCUCUGCCAAGAGUUUGUGAGGAAAUUCACCAGUCUGGGUGACCUCAGCGAGGCGUACUUCAAAGCGAGGGCGGCACCCUACAUUUGUACAUGCACAUCACUAUAUACCAUGUGCCUAGAAUGAUUUCAGCCAACAACGGAAUAAAGAAAUUCAGUGGGCAAGGUCUAGAGAAGAACAAUGCUGAGAGUAAGGCCUAUCUGCGGAGCAGCAACCGGCACAACUCACCCGAGAUAAUGCUGCGCACAAAACAGCGACAACACAAGUUGCAUGCGGAAACGACGUCCACGGGCGACAGCGUUGUCAGACGGAAACGAUCCUACUCACAGAGAGAUAGCAGCGAGUAAUCCUCCUUCCACACUUGAUCAUGGACUGAGAGCACACAGCACGCAGAACACAUCACACAUUUGAUGUCCUUCCAUGAUCUCAGCUUUUUCGAACAGUUCUACUUUUGAUUUCUGUAUUUUUUUCCCUUAAGUUUCCUUUAUUUCACGGAGAAGGCAUAGAGCCCGAACGUGCCGGUUAUAUUUGUAUAUAUAAGCAACCACUUUGCUACAGCUAAAAAAAUUAACACACCCAUCUGCAUGCACACUACACAGCAUUGAGAGCAUUGAGUUGUGGGGAUAGGAGUGGUUUGUCAAUCGCUGUUUGCCAGGCUCGCAGUGAGUAUUAUUUUUAGUGGCAGCAGGGUAAGUGAACCUGGCCGCAUCUUUAUGUUGGCGUCAAGGUGAGUGACCCUGUCGCAUCUUUUGAGAGCCGGGUGGGCUGUGUGAGCCGCACUGGCAGGAUGAGCCUGGUGAGCGAGAUUGACUCCCCUCUUUAUUCAGUUAUUUAAAAACUGAAGAGAUGUGAUAUUGAAUGUUGGUUAUUGUGAUACCAAGAGUAAAGUGAAGAUGUGCCUCAGCAUGGUGCAGCACAGCAGAAAAGAAGCAGAG